AUGAUUUUUCUUUUUUUUCUCAUACUCACUUUUUUUGCACCGUAUUUUUGUUUCCUCAAAUGUAUAGGUGGUUCAAGUUGUCAAAUCAAGCUGAAUUCGAAUUCGAGAGCACCUCGUCAGAAAGAUCUCCUUGAAACGUGUAAAGUUGUUAAUUUAUUAUCAUGUUCUAUGUAUAUGAAAAUUGAUUUUAAUGAACGACAAAUUUAUCUUUCGUUUCAACACCCAUCGCCAACGACUAGUUCCCCACAUUCAUAUCCAAAUGAUCUUCUUGCAGACAAUCCACAAUCAUCAAUUAUCCAUCGUUAUACAGCGACAUUUCAUGUUGGUGAUCAAAAUCGAACGCAGUUGUACAUUUGGCUUCAGUGUCGUUAUCGCGAUUAUUGCGCUCAAGUGGAACUACGCAAAUUCUGGGGUCGAUAUGUUUCAUUCGACGAUCGAUAUAAUACUCUCUCUGUUUUAUACGAAUUCCUUCAACCAGUUCGAUCGAAUAGUAUUAAUUGUUUUGACAAUGAAUUCAAUCAAACCGUUGAAUGUCCAACACAUCAGAAAACAUGUUGGGCGUCAUCCGAUGGCUUGCAGAAAUGUGUUGGAAAUUAUUCAGAUGAAUUUAUCUAUUCCUACAAUCAAGUCUACAAUCCUCAUCGAUUAUCAAGCGAAAAUGUUCUUUACACUCUAGCUUGUCGUUCUGAUAGUUGUAAUGACAAUCAAACAGUUGAUGAACUUAGUGCAUUAGCUCGUGAAUUUGCGGAAAAUCGAUGGUCACUGGAGAGAAGAACUACAGUUCAAAAUUCAACUGCCGUUCGACUUUGUAUUUCUUCGUAUCAGAUUCUCUGUUUUUGUUUGGCAAUCCUUUGUAAACAUACGUUUCCUAAAGUUCACGAUCAUUUGUAA